CGGUGAAGAAGAACUUCGUGUUAAGGUUUAUGUUUAGCCCAUGUCGGAAUCUCGACUAUGAGUAGUAAAAGACAAUGGAUAAUCCAAUGCUUCGACUUUUCUUCUUCUGUAUGCUUAUACUUUGUAUAUGGCAGUGCGCUGAAGGUUUACAGUGUAUAGAAUGUCAAUACUGCAAUCGCCCUGGUGGUGCUCCAAAUACCACAUGCUACACAGCAAAAGGAUACUGUAUGUCCAUCAUUGUGAGAGACAAGGAAAAGGACAAAAAUGGCCUCAGGAUAAGCAACAAAGAAGUCAUUCGUAUCAACAGACAGUGCUUGCACAAGAAGGAGUUCAUCCUUGAAGGUCGAGCCUUGAUGUGCCAUGUCAGUGAGCUCAUGAAGGAUCAGCAAAAUGUCCGCUGUUGUAAAGACCAGGACUUUUGCAAUUCAGUUGUUCCUGAGCUGCGCCCCCUGAAAAGUGAAGAAGGGGGCAAGCAAUCCUCAGGUUCUGACAUUUCUCCCAUGGAAAUGGUGGUGGUCAUUGCUCUGCCUAUCAUGGCUUUGGUGGUUAUUACAAUUGUUGCUGUCUACGCGUACUGCUACUGUCGCCGCCGCCCGCGGCCGUACGCCCCACCUCCAGAUCAGAACGUGGAUACGAACCCGCUGAUGGGCUCACAGCCGUCAUCCUUGAAAGAAUUGUAUGACUGGUCCCAGUCUGGUUCUGGUUCAGGCUUGCCUUUGUUGGUGCAGCGCACCAUUGCACGACAAAUUCGCCUGUGUGAGAUCAUAGGGAAAGGCCGCUAUGGAGAAGUGUGGAGGGGUAACUGGAGGGGUGAGAAUGUGGCAGUGAAAAUCUUCCCCUCAAGGGAGGAACGAUCCUGGUACCGAGAGGCAGAGAUUUACCAGACAGUCAUGUUGAGGCAUGAGAAUAUUCUGGGAUUUAUUGCUGCAGAUAACAAAGAUAACGGGACCUGGACUCAGCUUUGGUUGAUCACAGACUAUUACGAGAAUGGCUCCCUGUUUGACUAUCUAAACCGUCAAACAAUCAGCCCAACCAGCAUGAUCCGCUUAGCCCAUACUGCUGCUGGGGGCAUGGCACAUCUACACAUGGAGAUCUUAGGUGCUCAAGGCAAGCCUGCUAUAGCUCAUAGAGAUCUCAAGUCAAAGAACAUCCUGGUGAAAAACAAUGGAACGUGCUGUAUUGCAGAUUUGGGUCUUGCUGUUGGCCACAACUCUAAAACGGACAAAGUGGAUAUUGCUAACAGCAACCGCGUGGGUACUAAACGCUACAUGGCACCAGAGUGUCUGGAUGGAAGCAUCAACAUGGAACACUUUGAGUCCUUCAAGCGGGCUGAUGUCUACUCUUUUGGCCUGGUCUUGUGGGAGAUUGCCCGCAGAUGUUCAGUGGGAGGUAUAUUUGAAGAGUUCCAGCUUCCAUACUAUGAUGUGGUGCCGUCUGAUCCUUCACUAGAAGACAUGAGGAAAAUUGUGUGUGGAGACAAGCAGAGGCCUGCUAUUCCAAACAGAUGGCAGAAUAUUGAGUCUCUACGAGUGAUGGCUCGCCUCAUGAAAGAAUGCUGGUACAGCAAUUCAGCAGCCCGCCUUACUGCCUUGCGCAUCCGCAAAACCUUAGCUGGUCUGGCGGAUCAAGAGGACCUCAAGAUAUAGACUGGAGAGGACUGGCUUGAAAGAGAGGACAGAAGCUUAUGCUGUGAGAAACUUCUCCCUCUGGGGUUAGGGAGCCUGGGAUAGUUACAAAACUUUUGCCGAGAUGAACACUGUUGGUCUCUGUGCUGUGUGCUUUGUGUAGAAGGGGAAGGAGAGAAUGCUGUGGGUGUGCAGGGUCGUCUCGCAGAGUGGCCAGACAGGGCCGGGCGCUGAGUGUGAGGUGCCAUGCUAUGUGUUGUCUUCAGGCCCUGGAUGUAACGGCCGGGUUCAAGCUUGUGCAGGCCGAUGCAACUCCGUGGAUUUGGUCCUUCUGAGUGUGAAGGCUUUUGGUGUAACUGGUGCUUCCCCCUCCUGCCCCCGGUGUUCUCCACCGUGCUGAUGUGAGCGAUUAUGUGUGGGUGUGCCAUAUAUGUGAGUUUGUUUGUGUGCGCGAAUUUGUAUGUUGAGUGCAUGUGUGAUUGUGUGGGUGCACAGUAUGUGUGCAUGAAUGAUGGGUGUGUAAAUUUUUUCCCCCCCGUCAUAGCCAGACAAUGCAUCAUUACAUUGGGGAGUGGUUAUUUUUGCCCAACCUUCUGCUGACUCUUAGUUGGGGUGGUCAGCAGGCAUCACCUGGUUUGAUAUUCUUUGCUAGUGACCUUCUUUUUAAUUCAAGAGUCCCUUGCUCAUUAUUCAAUAACAGUUGUUGUGUUGGAGGUCCCGGGAUGAGUGCCUGCAAUUACUGGGAGGGUCACUUAAAUUUGUUACACAACAACUGUUAUCUAUAAAAAGAAAAGCACCCUGUCUGAUUUACAGUAUUAGUUUCAGAAGUGAAAAAAAGCAUUAUUCAUCCUUUUAAUGCAAGAGAUGCCCGAGAUGUUGUGAAAUGUUUUUCCAGGGUGAAAUCUUGGGAUUUUUAAAGUCUAAACUUUCCCAAUGAAUUGACACUUUUCUUUUUUCACCUAUGAAGAUGGUAGGGGUUCGUCUCCGUGUCUUGUUAUUCAAAGUCUUUUCAUACUCUAUGCUACUGUGCCAUACACCGUGUACACAAAAUGAAUAGCCGGACUUAAAUUUCAUGUUGAAUUCGCUAAGCAAUUAGCAAUGUAAAUGUCAAUAAGCCCUGCAAAUGUUUUAGAGUAGAGUUAUGAAACUUUCAUUUUCCCAUGUCCACAAGCUAUUUUCACAUUCACACUGUUUAGGAUUUUUUGGUUCUGGUCUACUUGCUCACACCUCCACUCCACACCACCCCUGUCUGUCUGUCCUAGUAGUUGAUUGUGUGCAGAGAAUGUGAAGAGUUCUGCGAAGUUGACCUUCAGGCAGCACAAAAAGGACAUCACAACACAGGAGGGAUUUAGAGAACAGUUGUGUUGCAUGUAGUCUCAAAAUGUUGUUAGUUGAGUUAUUUUUAAAAAUUGUUUUCGUAUCGGUUAAGCUUGAAAGUUGGUAUUACUUAAAAACUAUAUAUUUUUAUAAUUAAGCUUUUGUUCCGUUCUUUUAUGUUUUCAUAUGGUCAAAAUUUUGUUGGGUUCAUACAGCCAGGAGAUGGUCAGUAGGACAGCGCUGUUAUUGUUUUGUUUUAAUUUUAGACGGACAGCAAAAACACAUACUAUAACAUGUGCUGAAUGAGAUUUUAAAAAUUAGGAUUGUAAAUUUUUAAGAGCUUCUUUAUUGUUGGCAUUGUUUGAAUGCAGAGCUCUUCAGACAAGACAAAAUGAAUUUGGGUUAAGAAAUGCAUAUAUUAUAUAGGAAAAUAGAUCUGCUUUUAUGGUAUGUUUAUAAUUUUGCAAAUCUUAUUGAACUUUUGAAUCCAGACUUGUGAGAUAUGUACAUACAUAUAGGUAUAAACUGCUGAAAGGCCUGUUAAUAGUUUUCUUAGCCAGUCAAAAUGCAUCUAAAUUUCUGGGUAUGAAGUUCAAAACUUGCGUAUAACUUAUGUAGUACUGGUAUUCAAAUUUUGGAAUUUCUUCUGAAAGUAUUACUCCUCAAGUACUGUGUUUUGGGAUUGUCAGACUGCUUUGUUUCUGUUAUUGACAGUUUGUACCUGUAUGCAGAAGUUCAGGGUUCUAGUCUGAGUGGAAGCUGAAGUAAUCUUUUCUUGUCCUUCCUUGAAAAAUUUCCUUUUUGUCCGGUGUCUAUUGGGGGACCAAAUGCUCUGUCUUUGAAGAUGUAUCUAGUGCAGUGUUAAACUUCCACAGGCCAUUCAGUCUUGGAACAGAGAUCUUUUGUUUUUUUAGAAGGGUUUCAUAAACACUAGUCUCAUUUUUUCUAGCAAAAUGACAUAUACACGAUUUCAUUGAUUUUGUCAUCUGUCUUGGCAUUUGAUGGGGUGUUUUAAGGAGAUAGCUGUACAUGUUUGUUCGUGACAAAACAAAUACUCUGGGUUUGACUGUGUUUAUUUUUCCUUCAAGUUCUAAUAAAGAUACUGUGUCUAUAUACAGCUAGACCUGAAUACAGCUGUGCCAGCAGUGUUAUGGUUGAUGAUCGGUCCAGAGGUGUGUGAUCAGUUGAGAGUUGUUUCUUAUUCACAAGUCACUUACUUUGCUGUAAGGAAGGGGGUAACGCAAGCUUGCAUAACACUGCUAAAGCCUUCCUUAAGUCGUCAUGAUCGGAGAUUGAACUUGCUGUCCCCCUCCCUCUCCCUUGGUCAGAGAAAAAAGGUGCCUCAGGUCUGUAAUGCUAAAUUGACAUCCACAGUCUGGCGUAAGAAUUUUGAGGAUGAGAUUUUCAGGAUGGAGUUGACUGGGGCUCUGGUCUGGUUCAUCAGUUUUUGCACCUUUUUUAUUCUUCUGUUUCCAUUCUCCCGAUCUUUCUCUUUUUGCCAUUAUAAAAGUGAUGGAUCUGAAAUGUCAAACCUAAGGUUUUAUGUAUUAUUUUUUUUUUAGCAAUUUGUUUAACAGAUCUUUUCUUAGCGAGACGGUUUGUGCUGCAGAUGUGAGAGCCUUGAAGGCAGACUGGUGGGAAGUGUCCUACUGUUCAAGCUGUCUGGAAGAGAGGGAGAAAAACAACAUAUGUUGGGUCUUGCAAUAAGAGAUAGAGUAUGCUUUAUAGUACUUCAUUGUUUCUCAUUGUUUUAUUUCAUGAAGAGUAUUCAGCGCACAAUAUAUUAAAGCUCUCAGCUGACCUUGUAGGCCUCCUACCGGUAGUGCUAUUUUGUUUUUUUUUAAAUGUACUUUUCAUUUCUCUUAUAGAUGUACUCUCACCCACUCAUGUACAGACUCAGUCCUUUACAUUUUUGCCCGAGAGUGUGUGCGCGCAUACUCGCAUACUUGGGUAAAAGCUGUCACCCGUGUGCACUCACACAGAGACACACACACAUAUCAGUCAUCGGCACACCCAUUCCAAGUAGUUAUUGAUUGGUCUGUUAUCAUUUCAUUAAAAUCUAUGUCAGAUGAGUCCAAGAAGGUAAAAAUGUAAACUAGAGCAUGUAUUUCCUUUCUCCUUGAUGUUCUUGUUUUGUGUUUUAGGGACAGAGAAAGCUUGCAUCACUUGCUGUAACACUCUUUCUUUCUUUUUAUUUGUUAUUUUAUUUUGUUUUUUGUUGUUCUUAUUGUUGAAAGAUGGGGAGGUGGAAUACACAAUAUUUUAUACAAAGUCAUCAUUUUUGUGCAUAUUAUGUGAAAAUUCAAACACUUGUUGGUAGUAGACUAGUGCACUGAUUGUCAGGUGCACAGACAUCGCUGUCAUCUCAUGUGUUGUCGUGUCUGCUGGCAGUUUUUUGAGCUCCUAAGUCUAGCCAUGUUCCUUUUAAUUCAGUCUAAGGAAAUGAUUGUUGUCCUUCAACUUGUGAUGUCAGGACUCCAACCCAAAAUGUAAAAAAAUUAGAUAUGUUUAGGUUAGGUUUUUUAUUUAAAUAUUUGAAUUAAUCCUCUGUUUUCUCGUCUAGUCUUCCUUUCUCGUAAUAGCUGUCUUUUUGUUGAUAGCAGGUAGGUUAAAGUGCUGGCUAGUCUCUACCUAUACCUGUUCCUCUGGGGGGUUUUUUCUUCUAUCUUUCGAGUUCCUUUGCUCUAUUGGUCUGCCUUUGUGACUAUUAUUUUUCGCUAGCUUGAAAGCCUUUGUUUUAAUAUGUUGUGUCACAUGUUACCUGGGAAAA